AUGUUGCACGCAUCUGGUACGGCCAACGUUGGUAUUGUGCUUCCCGAUAUGCACAAGUCGGAUCUUUUCAAGACUGUUGUUCACGACGGUGCGCUACCUCGGAAGACCUUCAGCAUGGGCGAAGCUGACGAGAAGCGAUUUUAUUACGAGUGCAGGAAGAUCCGCAAGGACUGA